AUGGCUCUUGUAAUAUCUAGCUUUCAAGAAGAAGCUGCUACUAAAGCUGCCCAGUUUUUAAUAAAAGGCGAUGUUAUUGCAGUACCAACUGAUACAAUAUAUGGACUAGCAUGUAGUGCUAAUUGCCCAGAUGCUAUUAAAAAGUUGUAUGCCAUUAAAGGCAGGGAUUCUGCAAAGCCUGUGGCUAUAUGUGUAUCGUAUAUAUCAGAUGUUCGAAAAUGGGGUGAGGCAGAUCAUUUAACUGAUGAUUUACUCAAGAGAUUGCUACCAGGACCUGUCACCAUUGUUUUAGAAAAGUCAAAAUGGCUUGAUAACCCAUUUUUAAACCCUGCAACUACUAAAAUAGGAAUCCGAAUACCUAACCAUGAUUUUGUUAAUGAGUUAACUAAAAUAUUUGAUAAACCUGUCGCAUUGACAAGUGCCAAUUUUAGUAAUGAACCCUCAACAUUGUCUAUAAAGGAAUUUGGACACCUUUUUGGACACCUGGGUGCUGUUUUCGAUGGAGGAAUAUUGAGUCAAGGUUUGGAUCACAAUAGAACAGGUUCUACUGUUAUUGAUUUGUCAAACCAUGGGUUCUACAAAGUCAUAAGAAGAGGAAUUUCCUACGAUCAAGUUGUAAAAAUUCUGGAUAUUUAUGGCCUUAAAAGUAGUUUAUGUUAA